ACUGUUUGAAAUCCCCGCAAAAGUGCGACAACUGAAAACAGCAGGCAACAUUGCGCUCACACAUAACCUUAUAACGCCCCCCCGAUAUACCCCGAUUCAACGCGAGACAGACUCACGGACACGCAAAGUUUUGCUCAAUUGCUAUGUUCUAAGUUAAACUUGUCCAAGAUUAGUCGAGAAGUUGUUAUUAAACAAGAACGAUAGCGGAUUUGUUGAGGAAUUUGAGGCGAAGUUGACUUGGACAGAUGACAUUUAAGUUAACCUUGCUGAGCAUUUUAUUGGGAGUUUGUAGAUUGAGGUAAACAAAAAGGGCGGAGCAAAGGGGGCCCAAAAUGUACCAGAACACCUGCGGGGCUGCGGCCGCUGGCGCCGGUGUGUGCGCGCAAACCGACAAGGACUGCCAGGACCUGAUUUGCAAGGAGCCCCAAGUGCCCCCCGUUGAGACUGACUACAGUGGCUUCGAUGUCGUCAAAGCUACCCAGUAUGGGGCAGUCUUUCGUGUGAAGGAGCUUAUCGAAGCGGGCUACGAUGUUAACCAGAAGGACAGCGAAACAGUAACGCUACUGCAUUGGGCUGCCAUCAACAACCGCAAGGAGAUUAUCAAAUACCUGAUUGAUAAGGGGGCGGAAGUGAACGCAGUGGGUGGAGAGCUGCACGCGACGCCGCUCCAUUGGGCGACCAGACAAGGCCAUCUGGACGCCUGCGUUAUUCUGAUGAACGCCAACGCUGAUCCGGCGCUCAGAGAUGCUGAGGGCUGCUCUUGCCUCCAUCUGGCCGCACAAUUCGGCCACACCGCUCUGGUGGCGUAUUUCGUGGCAAGGGGCGUGAGUCCUGACUCGGCUGACCGCACUGGAAUGACGCCCCUAAUGUGGGCCGUUUGGAAAAUAUGCAGCCUGGAUCCGACGCGACUUCUGCUCACUUUGGGCGCCAACCCCAACUUGACGGAUUCAACCCAUGGAAACACUGCGCUCCAUUGGGCAAUAAUGGCGCGCAAUGCUACCGCUAUUACCACGUUGAUUCUGCAAGGACAUGCCAACUUGAAUGUGGCGAAUAGAAGGGGCGAGUCGCCUCUGCAAAUGAUCCAGUCCCAAGCGGGCUCCAUUUGGAUCAACCCCAAAGUGGCCGAGCUGGUCAAGGAACACGCCCAGUCGCACUCAUCCAGAGGAUUUCUCAGCAAGUUUGCCACCGAUAAGCGAUUGCGAUGGUGGCUGAUGGUGGGCACUCCAUUCAUGGUCUUCUACACAACGGGCGCCCUGCUGGGCACCAACAUUCUCAUCAUCAUCAAAAUAUUCCUCAUUGUCUGUUUGUACAUAGUGAUUCACUAUUUGGGCCGGCUGUUCUAUGACGACCGCUUAAUGGCCCUGCUGCCCUUGAGCAUCUACUUGUCAACGAAAAUCUGGUUCUAUUUCACCUGGUUCAUCUACAUUGCUCCGGCAGUCGGCUUUAUGACCACCAUUGCGUUUCUACUCAGCUCCGCCCUGUUGUGGUACAAUUUUCUAAAGAGCUGGCUUGGAGACGCCGGCGUGCUUCCAACCAAUAAGAAACUGCAAUUUAGGACAAUUCUGGAACUGGCGGAAAAGGGCUCCAGCGGCUUCGAACCAUCCAGCUUCUGCUCGGCCUGUCUGGUGCGCAGACCGCUCCGUUCCAAGCACUGUUCAAUUUGCAACCGAUGCGUCGCAAGAUUCGACCAUCAUUGUCCCUGGGUGGCCAACUGCAUAGGUGCGAAAAACCAUCAUCACUUCAUCGGGUUCCUCGCCUGUUUGGUCAUCAUGUGCCUGCAGAUGCUGUUGGGGGCGUUCAGUUUCUGGAAAAGCGACCCCAACUGCCACGCGCUGGACCUACAGAACAACAAAACCGUCUGGGAAACGGUGAUGGCUGUAGAGCAGUGCGACACGUGGGUGGCAUGGGUGUCGGCGCAUGCAGCGUUCCACGGUAUUUGGGUCUUCAUGCUUCUGAUCUGCCAGCUCUAUCAGAUUGUCAUACUGGGGAUGACGACCAAUGAGCGGAUGAACAAGGGCAGGUACAGUCACUUUAUAGCCAAUCGCGGCAAGAGUCCGUUCUCCAAGGGCCCAGUCCGGAACCUGCUUGAGUUCUUCGAGUGCACGUUGUUCGGGUGCCGGAAGGCCGAGCACCAAGACUGGCUGAAUAGUUUCGAGUUCGAUCAAACCGUCGAAGGCGAGCCGCUCCUCUCCAGCAAGGAAAACUUCCAGUAUGUAUGAAAGCCGGUUUAUGUCCCGAGGCGACGGAAGAGUUUCUGAAUGGGCUCGGGAGAAAGCUCUCUAUGCCCCAGCUUAGGCAGGGAAUGUUGAAGUGCAUUCCUGCAGCACUGCCUGGGCAACAUUCCAGAUGUACAUUGUUAUUUAUGUAAAUACGAUCGGGCCUGGCCUGGUACUAGGUCAGGCCAGCGGCGUGUGCGCUCGGUCAAUGUUUCCGCUAAUGUUUCAAAGCUUUUAUUGUGAUUGUAUAUAUAGGCACAAAAGUGAAAUUAUUUAUUACUGUACAUUAGUAGGCGCGAUGCAACUUAGGUAGUAAGUGGACACCAAAGGAUUUUCCAAUAAUUAGCACGUUUAAUAAUGACAAUGCAAUGAACGUCGUCAUUGCUUCUAGCUGUCGUUUCUUCUACCGUUUCAUUAUUUCAUUAAAGUGCGCUUUGUGACCAAAUAAAGUGAUUUUUUCGAUCGAUUCUCGAA